AUGGCCGGAACCUUGUCGCCAGUCUACUCAACACGCCCAGCCAUGGCGUUCCCUACACUCCCGCAGCGUCCUCCGCUCCUCCUGGUCCCACUCGCGCUGCUGCUGCUCUCAUCGGCGCACCUCCCCCUCCGCGCGCGCGCGCAGCAGUGCUCCGCCACCACGCUUUGCGUCAACAACCUCUGCUGCAGCGCUGCGGGCUAUUGCGGCUCCACCCCCGAUUACUGCGGCGCUGGCUGCCAAUCUGGGCCUGCGGAGCAGCAAACGGCAACAGCGUCUGUCCGAACAACCUCUGCUGCAGCACUGCGGGCUAUUGCGGCUCCACCGUCGAUUACUGCGGCGCCGGCUGCCAAUCCGGGCCGUGCGGAGGAAACAACUCCGCGGCCUUCCCCCCUUCCGGUGCCCCUCCCCCUUCCGGUGCCCCUUCCGCCAACGGCCAAUGCGGAGCAGCAAACGGCAACAGCACCUGCGCCAACAACCUCUGCUGCAGCUCUGCGGGCUAUUGCGGCUCGACAAUUGACUACUGCGGUUCUGGCUGCCAAUCCGGGCCGUGCGGGAAAAACACUUCUGCGGCCGUUCCCCAAUGCGGAGCAGCUAACGGCAACCGCGUGUGCCCCAAGGUUCGUCUCAAUCCGUCCAACAGCCAUGGCCUCCACACUCGCUGCUCGUCAGGUCCUUUCAGGAAUUUCCUUCAGCUCUGCCGUCAGAGGCACCGAGAUUGCUACCCGCAGCCUCCCCGCUCUUCCCCUACCAGUCGCGCCCCGCGCACUCGGCGUCACCGCGCUCUUCAGCUCGCGCAAAGCCGCCGUACCCGCGAAGAGCGUCCCCGCGACGAAGCUGCGCACAGAGGACGGCAUUUUCGGCACGUCGGGCGGGUUCGGAUUCACUAAGGCGAACGAGCUGUUCGUGGGGCGCGUGGCCAUGCUGGGCUUCGCAGCGUCGCUGCUGGGCGAGGCGAUCACGGGCGCGGGCAUUCUAUCGCAGCUCAACAUCGAGACGGGCAUCCCCAUCACUGAAACCGAGCCGCUGCUGCUCUUCUUUAUCGCAUUCACUGUGCUCGGCGCGAUCGGCGGGCUGGGCGACCGCGGGCGAUUCGUGGACGACGACGCGCCUGCGGGUCCGCCGGUGAAGCCGGGGAGCUUCAAGGCGGCGCUGGGGUUGAGCGAGGACGGGCCUCUGUUCGGAUUCACCAAGGCUAACGAGCUGUUCGUGGGGCGGCUGGCGCAAUUAGGGUUUGCGGCGAGCCUGAUCGGCGAGGUGAUUACGGGCAGGGGCGCGCUGGCGCAGCUGAACAUCGAGAUCGGCGUGCCCGUGUGGGAGCUCGAGCCGCUGCUGCUCGCCAGCAUCGCCUUCUUCUUCGUCGCCGCCAUCAACCCCGGUACAGGGAAAUUCAUUAACGACGACGAGUGA